AUGAUGAUCAUGAUAAACUCCACACAGGUUUCAUAUUUUACACUUGAUGCCUACUUUGACACCGGGCUUUUUAAAUACUUAUAUUUCAUUUUCAUUUUGUCUUUAUAUAUGUUAAUUGUUUGUGUGAAUCUUCUGCUCAUUGUGGUUAUCUGUAUGAACAGAAGCUUACAUGAACCUAUGUACCUUUUUCUGUGCAGCCUGUUUGUAAAUGAGCUGUAUGGUAGUACAGGGUUGUUUCCAUUCCUUCUGCUUCAGAUUCUCUCUGACAUUCACACUGUUUCUGCUCCCUUUUGUUUCCUGCAGAUUUUCUCUUUGUAUUCUUAUGGCAGUGUAGAAUUUACCAACUUAGCUGUCAUUUCUUAUGACAGAUACCUUGCUAUCUGCUGUCCUCUACAGUAUAAUGCACAUAUGACAUCUAAUAAGGUUGUCAUGCUUAUUGUUGUUAUAUGGUUACCUCCUUUAUUUGCUGUCCUUGUCACAACAUGCUUAACUGCUUCUUUACAGCUGUGUGGGAACAUUGUUAAUCAGGUAUACUGUAACAACUAUUACAUCAUACAGCUGGCUUGCUAUGACACCAGUGUGAAUAAUGUCUAUGAACUUAUUGCUGCUUCUCUCAUAGUCUUUGCUCCGAUGUCUGUAAUCUUUUACACGUACAUGAGGAUUCUUAAAGUUUGUUUUUCUGGUUCUAAACAGACCAGACAAAAAGCUGUCAGUACCUGCACUCCUCACCUUGCUUCUCUGCUCAACUUUGCUUUUGGGGCUUCCUUUGAAAUAUUACAGAGCAGGUUUAACAUGAACAGUGUACCUCACAUGAUGCGAAUAUUUUUAUCAUUGUAUUUUUUUACAUGCCAACCGCUCUUCAACGCUUUAAUGUACGGCCUCAACAUGUCCAAAAUACGCAUCAUAUGUAAAAGUCUGCUUUUAACUUCUGUUGGGAAAUGCAGAUUAUCCCCCAGACUUGUUCCUAUUGAGGAACAGAGGAAACAAUAA